AUGGACUCCCAGGAACGGACGUCCGAUCUCCAGCGUUUUUACCACCAGUUACUGCAACCGCUGUCGCUCUUUCCACGCAAGGCGACGCCUGGAGAGUCGCAGAAGCCCGACUCGCAGAUUGUUUACUGGCUGCAGGCCUUGCCUCGCACACAGCCGACGGCCGCCUCGCUGUGCCGCCAGGUCGCCGAGCGGCUGGCCAGCAGCGGGUUGACCGCGCCGGUGCCCCCCGAGAACCGGCUCCGCCUCAUCGAGGUCAUCCUGGAGGAGCUGAGGUGCAGCUGGCAGGCGCCUCCCGCCGAGCCCAGUCUGAGCCGCCAGAACAACCAGAAGCUGUGGGAACGCCUGGAGGCCCACGUGCUGCUGAGCAGCGAGCAGCUCUUCCUUCGCUACUUGCACCUGCUGGUCACCCUGACAGGCCCCGCGGGCGUCUUCACGGAGGGGGCCACCCUCACCCGCCUGGCCGCCAGCCUCGCCAGGGACUGCUCGCGCUUCCUCACCAGCCCGGCCGUCUACCAUUGCCUGCUGGCCGACUUUCAGGCCCUGCUGAGGGUAGAUCGAGCCGGCGGCCGCGGCGAGUUGAAAGAACCGCGCUGCCUCAGGCCCAUGCAGGCCUUCAAGCUCUGCCCCCUCCCCUGGCCUCACAGCACCGGUUUCGCCAAGGUGCCAUGCUCCAACCUGAACCUGAACUACCUGAUCCACCUGAGCCGCCCUUCAGAAUACCUCCUCGGGCCUGGAGUGGAUCCGGUGAAGGAACUAAAGGCCAUCCCCCAGUUGAGCAAGACAAAAUCUCGCUGGCUGGCCUCGCAGCCAAAAAAGAAAGACGUGGUCUUGGCUGCCCCCCAGAAGGAGGCACAGCCGAGCUCCACAGUGUCUCCCCCCAGCCAGGCUUCCCCCACCACCCGGUUCCCCGUCUACACCCAGCUCCGGCGCUGGCAUUCCAUGCCCUCUCUUCGACAGGGCUGGAAGCUGGCAGAUGAGUUGGGUCUUCUCCCACACCCGCCCCGCACCUUAACCCCUCUGGUCCUGGUUGCAGAGAGCAGACCAGAGCUGGCAGGGGAUGUUGUGGCUGAGGACCUAAAGGAGAAGAUGAAGAAACUCAAAUUGAAGUGGCCUCACUACCUGGCGCUGGACACAGACCUGCCCCCACUCCUGGGGGCCCUGACCCACCACCCCACUGCAGGGCACCGCUUGAGAGAGCUGCAGAAGAAGUUGAAAGCCCUAGAGGAGGAGGAAGCCCUCCACCAGCAGGCCCUCCAGCCCCCCAAAGCCCCUCCGCUCCACCCACAGCCAGUGACGGUAACUCUGAGACUGAGAAACCAGCUCGUGGUCCAGGUUGCUGCUGUCCGAGUCUCUUGUAGAAACCUUAUAGACUCCUUCCAUGUCGAAGGGGCCGGUGUCCUGUACAACCACCUGGCCGGUGAACUGGACCGGAAACUUAUAGAAGACAUGGAUCGAGACCGCUCCGUGGGCAGCAGCAGCCAGGAGAUCUACAAGGAGUUGGGGAGCCGUGUGUCUAGGGACUACUUACGUUUCGACCAGGGGCCCCUGAUUGAGCCCGCAGCUGACAAAGACUGGUCGGCCUUCUUGUCCUCGGGCUUUGUCCAGCAAGACCAAUCCUAUCACAUCAUCAACCGUGAGUUGUCUAACGUUUAUAACCAGCCAGACAAUCUAUCACAGGCCUACCGUGACAAAAUGCCCUCCCUCACCGUUCCCCAAGUGAAUCAACUCGGGACCUGGCGGUACAGUACCAGCAAGUCUCCCCGGAAGUCAUGGGUGAGAAACAGCCUGUCUGGGGAAGAAUAUUUCAAGUUCCUUGCCACCCAGGAGACGGACUUCCUCCAUGCCAUCUUCCAUCUGUCUGAGGAAGAGCUUCCUUACGCAGAGUUGAUGGCCCCUGUCAGGGAGUCCCUACCGCUGCAGCCUCCUCCCCCCUUACUUGAAGAAGAAGAGCCCUUGGACUUUGUACCAGGGGAGUGGGAUUGCAACACAGUGCUGCAGCAUGGGCUGGGGACAGUGGCGCUGGACCUCCUGGGGAGAUACUGCCAGAUCCCGAGCCUGCAGAAACGCCUAGAGAAGCUGUGGUCGGUGCUUGAGGUUCCUCACAGAGACCGACUGGACAUGGCCAUCAAGUACAGCUCCAGUGCCCGUCUGAAGCAACUGCCUGCACUCCUGUGCGCCUGGGAGCAGGCCCUGCAGCCCAUUCAGCUGCGGGAGGCUUUGCUGGGGAAACUCGAGUGGUUUGAGCGGCAAGCCUCCAACCCCAAUCGCUUCUUUCAGAAACAUAACAUGAACCCGAAAGGCCUGCUGGAGGAGAAUCAGAUCCGAAGCUAUCUGCAGAGCAAGCUCAAUCAAGUGGAGGCCUCCCUGGUGACCCUCCUGGGGCAGAUCGAGUUCAUCUUUGAAGAGCCAGUGACUUUCAAGGGGCGCCGCUACCUGGACAAGAUGAAGCGUGACAAAGUCGAGAUGCUGUACUGGCUGCAGCAACAUCGUCGGAUCCGCCUCCUGCCCCGGGUGCCCAGGACUUCCCAUUUCCAAGUAUCUCAGUCUGGGAGGCACAGCAACCAGCAUUUAAUAGUUCCUGGGAAUACUCCCAUUACCCUUUGAUUCAACCAAGUGCCUUCCCAUUCCUCCCUGCCCUCAGACUUCCAGUAGCUCCACUAGACCUCUUGACUGCACUGGAAAACGAAUCUAUGGGUGUCUACACCCGAGGAGUCCAGGCUUCAGAAACAAGGUGCUUCUAGACUCGGUUUGGACAGUGAAGUUCUCCUCACAGACUUCCUAGGUUCCAGAAUUCCCACCUUGAUCAAGCCACGCACACAAUACAGCCAGAAACUUAGGAGAGCAAAAAUGACUCCGACCAUCACUUGGAGUUCAUUGUGAGAGGGACAUGUGGAAUGGAAGCGGACCAUGACCUUUGGGGCAACACAGUGUCGCGUUCCUGUCCCAUGAAUUUAAGGUGACUAAGGAGCGCCCCCAAACUUCAACGCUCUCUGGCAUAAUGGUUAAGAACGGGAGGCCUGGCGUCAGUAGACGCAGGUCAAAACCCUGGCUGUGACUGUGACUCUAACAAGUGGCCUGACUUCUCUGCACUUGAUCUGGGUCAUCUCAUGUCAGAAGAAGGAGUUGGGUCCAGGCCGUUACUUCUUCCAGUUCCAGAGCUCCCCGUUCUCACGUGCAAUUGGUAGAGCUAAAGGUGGUUGGUUUCUUUAGUUAAAAUUUAACCAGUUA